GUAGGGUGUGUGCGCUGGUACAUUACUACAUUGCAAUUAAAAGCAGUACACAAAAAAAUGAAGUAUUUAACAGGACUGUGAUGUAGAGGCUAAUUAUUACCAAUAGCGAACGCAAAUUAAAGUAAACCUUUGUGCGGUCCGUGUGGCAUUGACGCUGAGCGAACUCAUUUAGCCGCCGACAUGAGUUUCUACUCAAUGUUCAAAAAGAAAAAACACAGGGAAGAAUACAACACGGCGGCGGUUAUCGGAAAACCGACGAAUGUUAAUCACGACAUUCACGUUACGGUAACCGAGGAGGGUGUGUUGGAAGGUCUGCCUUCGUCAUGGGUGAGACAGAUCGGAACUCAGAUAACCAAAGCGGAACAAAAUGAGAACCCUGAGGUAGUGAAAAAAGUUCUCCAGUAUUACAAUUUCUCCGUGAAGAAGCAAAAUCACGCCGCACAAGAGAUUAAACAUAUCUUUACCGAGAAUGACAUUGCAGAAGAGUCUAAGCAAAUUGACUUGUAUAUGAAAUCUAAAGACGCUCACAAGAGUAAAGACUCGAACCUGUCCGAUGAUUCCAGUGACUUUGAGAGAUCGCCUUUGAACCAAAACCCCACCCUGGACAACAAUUUAAUGCAAAUCAAAAAUCUCGCCAGGAGUGUCGACAACCUGGCGAUCGACGUUGAGGAAAUUGAAUUCCGAAAGCCCAGCAACAGCGACGACGACAUUUAUUUAAGAAGAUCUGGUUUAAGUGAUGAUGACUACAUGAGACAGAUCAGGGACAUUUGCAAUUCCGGGAACCCACUCGACUUUUACGAAAAAACAUUGAAGGAUCUAGGGUCGGGCGCUUCGGGGAUGGUCUUCGCGGCUACGCGUCGUGGGACUGGCGAACUGGUAGCCAUAAAGGACAUAGACAUGUCGAAACAAACUAAAAAAGACCUGUUGCUCAGCGAGAUAAAAAUUAUGAAAAAUUUCAAGCAUAAAAACCUGGUCAAUUUCCUGGACGCUUUUGUGGUGGACUACGACCAUUUAUGGGUCGUUAUGGAGUUGCUCGACGGGGGCCCGCUGACCGACGUAGUUACAGAAACGGUGAUGAAAGAAGGGCAGAUAGCGGCUGUUUGCCAUGAGGUACUCCAAGCGAUCAGUUACCUACACAAUCGGGGCACCAUCCACCGCGAUAUAAAGUCAGACAACGUGCUGCUUGGCAUGGACGGCACGGUCAAGGUGACCGACUUUGGUUUCUGCGCCAACGUGGUCGGCAACGAGCAGCGCGAAACGAUGGUCGGCACGCCGUACUGGAUGGCCCCCGAGGUCGUGACGCGGCAAAAGUACGGCAAAAAGGUCGAUAUAUGGUCGCUGGGAAUCAUGAUCGUGGAAAUGUUGGACGGAGAGCCGCCCUACCUACGCGAACCGCCCAUACGCGCGUUAUAUCUGAUCGCAGCGAACGGGCGGCCAAGGAUUAUGAGAGGGGACACGUGUUCGACGGCGUUGCAGCGCUUCAUCGACCGUUGCUUGGAGGUGGACGUCGAUAGGCGCGCAACGGCCGAGGAGCUGCUGCGCGACCAGUUCCUGGAAGGGAGGAGCGAACUGCGCAGCCUCACGCCGCUGAUCAGGGCGGCGAAAAAGAUCCUCCACAAGAAUUGACGGUGUGAUGGUGCGCACCCGCACUCUGGUCAGUAAUUUUAAGGUUAUGUCAACGAGUUCACCGCGUAAUACUCUUGGGAGGGGGGAUUCUUUUUUUUUGCGUGUAUCGGGUUCGGUAGGUUGACCUAAAAGUGACGCGUAACGUUGGCGCUUACAUCGAACCGAAGAAAAAAAAAACGACCGCGCUAUAUUAGUAAGUGGCUAUGUACAGUCCGAAUUAUACCCAGUUGUAAUGGUCAUGCUGGUUUUCAAAGACAUAAGUAUAUGGCAAUAUGUUGGAAAUAUAACUGCACGGGGGUCCACGGGAAUCAGCUAAAUUUUGAAAGUGGUGUGUCAGAAGAAAGUCUGAAAACCACUGACUUACACCUAGAAAGUGACAGAACAUCCCUGCAUCAUUUAUAGUUACACACGAAAUCGCUAACUCCACGCAAUUCAACCCACAAAUAACGUCCAACGUUAAUUUUAAGUUGGCAACAAAGAAACUACUACAAAAAUUAACAAGUGUAUGCAUUAAACAGCUGAAGGUUAUGCAACUUUUCUAGUCGUAUUGUGAAAAUCGGGUUUUACAAAUGACAGGUUCCUAAUUGAUAGUGAUAUUGAAAAUAUUAAUUGAAUUUCACAUAAAAAAUGAAUUACUCUUCGACACACUUUUUUUUUCAAAAUUUUGUUGUCACCGUCUUUAGGAAUAUAUUAAACAAAUAUAAACAAAAAUGACGUCAUCAUAAAUAGGUAUAAUUCCGACUUUAGCAGGAGCGCUACAUUUUUGUGUACAGCCCAACAGAUUUAUUUAUUCUGUGUGUGAAAAACUAUCGGAUGUCCUCUAAAAUGUGUUUCAAGGAACGUGACUAACAUCGCAUUGUCAGAAUUUAAAUAAAACUUUUAGGUACUUGUAUACAAAUAAAAGUAGACGACCCCUGCGUUAUCGGGUCCAUUUUUGCAUUUUAAUGUUCUACUUAAUCGAAGACUGAACGAGACAAUUUAUCAAUAUCCGGAGGUUUGUAUUUUAGAGAUUUUUACAAAUCGUUUUACAGUUUUUAAUUUCCGCCCCGAAGGGGCGGCCUGUUUUGUUGUAUAUAUUUAUGUAUCAAAUCCGGAGACAGCCAUUGUAACGUUUUUUCAAAUAUAUAUCAGUUGA